UUCCGGAAGAACCUUACCGAGAAAGAAUGGGUGGCUGUCGCGCGUCGCAUCCACAAGAGAAAAAGAGAUGACAAGGAGACCAAAAUCAUGUUAGAUGGUAUUCCCAUGUCAACUAAAAAAGUACAGAAAGCAAUUUCAAGAUACGGAGAAGAGACUAGGGAGCCCACAUGGAACAAAAUGAAGCGGAAACAAGAAUCAGGUAUGUCAUUUGUUUUAGUAAGUCAAGGUAAUGCUAAUCCCAUCCAAGGGGAAUCUCCAUGCGGCCAGACCCCCCAAGGCGUUAUGGUGUACACUCCGCCUUCGAUGUCUCAAGACACGCCUCGGUCGUCGACGGCUCAACUUCUUGGUUUCAGCUCUCUUCCAUGGUUUCGGUUCCAGGAAUUGUCUGAGUUCAGAGGUAUUCUGUCCGCCUUAAUUGGUUUGUUGGCUAUGAUACUGACCUUUUGA